AGACCCUGAAACUUGCUGAUGUCUCCAGCAACGACUCCAGUGACUCCCUGGAGACCCGCUUCCUCAGCAUCCUCUGCACCCGCAGCUACCCCCACCUCCGCAGAGUGUUUCAGGAGUUUAUCAAAAUGACCAACCAUGAUGUGGAGCACGCCAUCAGGAAGCGGAUGUCAGGAGAUGUGAGGGACGCCUUCUUGGCCAUCGUCCGAAGCGUGAAGAACAAGCCAGCCUUCUUCGCUGACAAGCUCUACAAAUCCAUGAAGGGCGCUGGCACGGAUGAGAGGACCCUCACUCGGAUCAUGAUUUCUCGGAGCGAGAUCGACCUUCUCAACAUCCGGGGCGAGUUCAUGGACCUGUUUGACAAAUCCCUGCACCACAUGAUCGAGAAGGACACCUCCGGCGACUACCGCAAGGCUCUGCUGGCCCUGUGCGGGGGGGAGGACUAGGUGGCAGGAGCCCCUUCUUGGUGUCUGAGCCAGCACACACGCACCCACCCACCGCCUUGAUGUCACUGCAGCUUCGGGGGCUUUGGGGGACGCUGGGUUCCCUGCAGAGGACUGCACUUUCCCACUUGGCGCUGGAAAGCGGCACCACAUUGCAAGCGGGGGGGGGUAGGGGGAGUCUCGGGGAGGGGAGAAGAAGGGUCUGGGUAAGGGGUUUACUGUCUGUCUCGGAGCAAAAUAAUUCCUACCCAAACAUGCCACUAACCCAGGAAUUUACCCAGAUGGAAAAGACAAUUUUAAAACUCAUCAAUAAAUAAAACCUUCCUGUUGCUGACCCUGCG